GGGGCGGGGAGCCGCGCGCGGAGGGUGGGUCGGUGGGGGUGGGGUGGGACUCUUUUUCCUCGCCGUGGCGGCGGAGGCGCACGGCGUGGGCUUGCGGCGAGACGUCGUCGUCGGAGGCUGAAAAAGCCCAAGGUGCUGCCGUUGCCCGUACAACUCGGACUUGCUGUUGCUCGAGCUGCGUCUGCACGGGUCUCGGACCGAGCGGAGCUCGCAGCCUCGGUCCCGGAGCCCACCCUCGCCUCGCCCUUGCCCAGCCUGCGGUGAUGGAGGCGGCCACCGCGCUGCACCCAGGCCCGCGCCCGGCGCUGCCCCUCGGGGGCCCGGGCCCGCUGGGCGAGUUCCUGCCUCCACCCGAGUGCCCGGUCUUCGAACCCAGCUGGGAAGAGUUCGCUGACCCCUUCGCUUUCAUCCACAAGAUCCGGCCCAUAGCCGAGCAGACUGGGAUCUGUAAGGUGCGGCCGCCGCCGGAUUGGCAGCCACCAUUUGCAUGUGAUGUUGAUAAACUUCAUUUUACGCCACGUAUCCAGAGACUGAAUGAAUUGGAGGCCCAAACUCGUGUAAAAUUGAAUUUCUUGGACCAGAUUGCAAAGUACUGGGAGUUACAGGGAAGUACUCUGAAAAUUCCACAUGUGGAGAGGAAGAUCUUGGACUUAUUUCAGCUUAAUAAGUUAGUUGCAGAGGAAGGUGGAUUUGCAGUUGUUUGCAAGGACAGAAAAUGGACCAAAAUUGCUACCAAGAUGGGGUUUGCUCCUGGCAAAGCAGUGGGCUCACAUAUCAGAGGGCAUUAUGAACGAAUUCUCAACCCCUACAACUUAUUCCUGUCCGGAGACAGCCUAAGGUGUUUGCAGAAGCCAAACCUGACCACAGACACUAAGGACAAGGAGUACAAACCCCAUGAUAUUCCCCAGAGGCAGUCUGUGCAGCCUUCGGAAACGUGCCCCCCAGCCCGACGAGCAAAACGCAUGAGAGCAGAGAGACAGAGUCUCGCUGUGUUGCCCAGGCUGGAGUGCAGUGGCGUGAUCUUGGCUCACUGCAACCUCCGCCUCCUAGAUUCCAGCAAUUUUCCUGCCUCAGCCUCCCAAGCCAUGAAUAUUAAAAUAGAACCCGAGGAGACAACAGAAGCCAGAACUCAUAAUCUGAGACGUCGAAUGGGUUGUCCAACUCCAAAAUGUGAAAAUGAGAAAGAAAUGAAGAGUAGCAUCAAACAAGAACCUAUUGAGAGGAAAGAUUAUAUUGUAGAAAAUGAGAAGGAAAAGCCCAAGAGUCGAUCUAAAAAAGCCACCAAUGCUGUGGACCUGUAUGUCUGUCUUUUAUGUGGCAGUGGCAAUGAUGAAGACCGGCUACUGUUGUGUGAUGGCUGUGAUGACAGUUACCAUACCUUUUGCUUGAUCCCACCUCUCCAUGAUGUUCCCAAGGGAGACUGGAGGUGUCCUAAGUGUUUGGCUCAGGAAUGUAGUAAGCCACAAGAAGCAUUUGGCUUUGAACAAGCAGCCAGGGACUAUACCCUCCGUACUUUUGGGGAAAUGGCAGAUGCGUUCAAAUCUGAUUACUUCAACAUGCCAGUCCAUAUGGUCCCCACAGAGCUUGUUGAGAAAGAAUUUUGGAGACUAGUAAGCACUAUUGAGGAGGAUGUCACAGUGGAAUAUGGAGCUGACAUUGCCUCAAAGGAAUUUGGCAGUGGCUUUCCUGUCCGAGAUGGGAAAAUCAAACUCUCACCUGAGGAAGAGGAGUAUCUUGAUAGUGGCUGGAAUUUGAACAACAUGCCAGUGAUGGAGCAGUCUGUCCUUGCACAUAUUACUGCUGAUAUAUGUGGCAUGAAACUUCCUUGGUUGUAUGUGGGAAUGUGCUUUUCUUCAUUCUGUUGGCAUAUUGAAGACCACUGGAGCUAUUCAAUUAACUACUUGCACUGGGGUGAGCCAAAAACCUGGUAUGGAGUCCCAGGGUAUGCUGCUGAGCAGCUAGAAAAUGUAAUGAAGAAACUAGCUCCAGAACUCUUUGUGUCCCAGCCGGAUCUCCUCCAUCAGCUUGUGACCAUCAUGAACCCCAAUACCCUGAUGACUCAUGAAGUGCCUGUUUACCGAACUAAUCAGUGUGCUGGGGAGUUUGUGAUUACAUUUCCAAGAGCCUACCACAGUGGUUUUAACCAGGGUUUUAAUUUUGCUGAGGCUGUUAACUUCUGCACUGUUGAUUGGCUGCCAUUAGGCCGACAGUGUGUGGAGCAUUAUCGCUUGCUUCAUCGAUAUUGUGUAUUUUCCCACGAUGAGAUGAUCUGCAAGAUGGCUUCCAAGGCUGAUGUACUAGAUGUUGUAGUGGCUUCAACUGUUCAGAAAGACAUGGCCAUUAUGAUUGAGGAUGAGAAAGCUUUAAGAGAAACUGUCCGUAAAUUGGGAGUGAUUGAUUCGGAAAGAAUGGAUUUUGAGCUGUUGCCAGAUGAUGAACGUCAGUGUGUAAAAUGCAAAACUACAUGCUUCAUGUCUGCCAUCUCCUGUUCUUGUAAACCUGGCCUUCUUGUUUGCCUGCAUCAUGUAAAAGAAUUGUGUUCCUGUCCUCCUUAUAAAUAUAAAUUGCGGUAUAGAUACACGCUGGAUGAUCUCUACCCUAUGAUGAAUGCAUUGAAGCUUCGAGCAGAAUCUUACAACGAAUGGGCCUUGAAUGUGAAUGAAGCUUUGGAGGCAAAGAUCAACAAGAAGAAAAGCCUUGUCAGCUUCAAGGCUUUAAUUGAAGAAUCUGAAAUGAAGAAAUUCCCAGACAAUGAUCUUUUGCGACACCUUCGCCUAGUCACACAGGAUGCAGAGAAGUGUGCCUCUGUUGCGCAGCAAUUGCUUAAUGGCAAAAGGCAAACUAGAUAUCGAUCUGGUGGAGGGAAAUCCCAAAAUCAGUUGACAGUGAAUGAGCUCCGGCAGUUUGUAACACAGCUGUAUGCUCUUCCAUGUGUCCUCAGUCAGACACCAUUACUAAAGGAUCUCUUGAAUCGUGUAGAAGAUUUUCAACAGCAUAGUCAGAAACUACUCUCUGAGGAAAUGCCUAGUGCUGCGGAGCUGCAAGACUUGCUAGAUGUCAGCUUUGAAUUUGAUGUUGAACUUCCACAGCUUGCUGAGAUGCGUAUCCGUUUGGAACAAGCCCGUUGGCUAGAAGAGGUGCAGCAAGCUUGCCUAGACCCCAGCUCCCUUACUUUAGAUGAUAUGAGACGUCUCAUAGACCUAGGGGUAGGGCUGGCCCCGUAUUCAGCAGUGGAGAAAGCUAUGGCCCGGCUGCAGGAACUGCUCACAGUGUCAGAGCACUGGGACGACAAAGCCAAGAGUCUCCUCAAGGCCAGGCCACGACAUUCAUUGAAUAGCCUUGCUACGGCAGUAAAGGAAAUCGAAGAGAUCCCUGCAUAUCUGCCCAAUGGUGCGGCUCUGAAAGACUCAGUGCAGAGAGCCAGAGACUGGCUUCAGGAUGUAGAGGCCCUGCAGGCUGGAGGACGUGUGCCAGUGUUAGACACACUCAUAGAACUUGUUACACGAGGCCGAUCUAUCCCGGUACAUCUGAAUUCUUUGCCAAGACUGGAAACCCUAGUAGCUGAGGUUCAGGCUUGGAAAGAAUGUGCUGUUAAUACAUUCUUGACCGAGAAUUCUCCAUAUUCUCUCUUAGAGGUGCUGUGUCCUCGAUGUGAUAUUGGCCUUUUGGGAUUGAAAAGGAAGCAGAGAAAGUUAAAGGAGCCCUUGCCAAAUGGAAAGAAAAAAAGCACCAAAUUAGAGAGUCUGAGUGACCUGGAGAGAGCUUUAACUGAAAGCAAGGAGACUGCUUCAGCUAUGGCAACUCUCGGGGAAGCUCGCCUAAGGGAAAUGGAAGCCUUGCAGUCUCUCAGACUCGCCAAUGAAGGGAAAUUGCUGACGCCUGUCCAAGAUGUGGAUAUAAAAAUCUGCCUGUGUCAGAAGGCCCCAGCUGCCCCUAUGAUUCAGUGUGAACUCUGCAGGGAUGCUUUCCACACCAGUUGUGUGGCGGUACCCAGUAUUUCACAGGGCCCCCGAAUCUGGCUUUGUCCCCAUUGUCGGAGGUCAGAGAAACCUCCAUUAGAGAAAAUUCUGCCCCUGCUCGCCUCCCUUCAGCGUAUCCGAGUUCGCCUUCCUGAGGGAGAUGCACUUCGAUAUAUGAUUGAAAGAACCGUGAACUGGCAGCACAGAGCCCAGCAACUGCUUUCGUCAGGGAAUCUUAAAUUUGUGCAAGAUCGAGUGGGCUCAGGACUGUUAUAUAGCAGAUGGCAAGCCUCAGCAGGACAGGUGUCAGACACAAACAAGGUAUCUCAACCUCCUGGCACAACAUCAUUUUCUUUGCCUGAUGACUGGGACAACAGAACCUCAUAUUUGCACUCUCCCUUCUCAACUGGACGAAGUUGUAUCCCCCUCCAUGGCGUUAGUCCAGAAGUGAAUGAACUAUUGAUGGAAGCCCAGCUGCUCCAGGUAUCCCUUCCUGAAAUUCAGGAACUUUACCAGACUUUACUUGCAAAGCCAAGCCCUGCUCAGCAGACUGACCGAAGCUCACCAGUGAGACCCAGCAGUGAGAAGAAUGACUGUUGCCGAGGGAAGCGAGAUGGAAUUAACAGUCUUGAGAGAAAACUGAAGAGACGCCUGGAAAGAGAGGGCCUCUCCAGUGAGCGGUGGGAACGAGUUAAGAAAAUGCGGACCCCCAAAAAGAAGAAAAUCAAACUGAGCCACCCCAAGGACAUGAACAAUUUCAAGUUAGAGAGAGAGCGUAGCUAUGAAUUAGUUCGUUCUGCUGAAACUCAUUCCCUGCCCUCAGACACAUCCUAUUCCGAACAGGAAGACUCUGAGGAUGAAGAUGCCAUCUGCCCAGCUGUGAGCUGCCUGCAGCCAGAAGGAGAUGAGGUGGACUGGGUCCAGUGUGAUGGCAGCUGCAAUCAGUGGUUUCAUCAGGUCUGUGUUGGUGUCUCCCCAGAGAUGGCAGAGAAAGAAGACUACAUCUGUGUGCGCUGUACUGUGAAGGACGCACCAAGCCGAAAGUAAAAACACAAAAACAGAUACCCCCCUACUUAAUGUAAUUCAGGACUCCAACCAAGAGGAUUUCUUCAAAUCUCAGCAAAGCUACAGGACUGGUACUCAAGCCAGCCUGUAAACGGUGCUAUUUCUAUUCCUUAUGGGAUCAUUUUUCCAGGACUCUUUGAAGAAAAGAAAAAACAACUAAAAAAAUUUUUGACACUUUUUGUAUUUUUUCCUUAAGAGCUAUUUGUGGUUGUUGAGGUUUGAAAAGCUGACUGUUUUUUUUGCAGGGGUUCCCACCAAUUUGGAAGGCAUUGAAGCUUGCACCUUUUCAUGUACAGCAUUAAAAUUUUACCUCUCUCUGGGAUUUACCAGCUUAAGAGUCCAACUCACUUCCAGUGCCCAAAAGGGCACCCACCAGAAAUUCCAGUAAAUCCUCAUUUGAGGAAGCUCUCCCUUGUUUACUCUGUUACCACAUUGGGGAAAUUUUUAAGUUUUUCACUUUGGGAGUUUUUGUUUGUUUCUUCUUUUCCUUUAUCCACUUUUCUUUUUCCUGGUAGACUAGGUUUAUUUAUCUGAGCAAUAACUUCUAUGUUGGUUUCAGUGGCUGGAAUUAAAACAAAACAAAACAAACUUCCAAACAGUGUGUUGGUGCUUUAGCGAUUGAUUGAUGUACAGAACACAAAUGUCUAGUUUCUAGUGUCACUGAUGAACUAGUGAUGUAGAAAAGAGACUUCUCUGUAAGUAAUUGCCACAGCUGUAUUUUGGCUUUCUCCCUGUCCCUUCCUUUCUCCCCUGUUUUUUGGUAGCUUGUAUCAAAUGUUACAGUUUAUAUUGUGGAAUAAAUCCUUCGUCCUAACAUAACACUAAAUGCUGAUUAUUUAGAGCCAUUAGAGCACAGCUUCUUCUGCCCCUCUACUGUUGCACAGCCAGAAGGGGCUGCUUGCUUUUGCCUCUGCCCAACCAGGUUGCAGUAGCAGUGGAUGUUAGCCUGCAAACAACAUUAGGGGAUUCUUCUUUUGUGUCCUGCUCUGUUUGGUGGGCCAUAUGCCUACAGCCCUCACUAACAAAGAACCCCUCUGUCUUCAAGGACUAGAACCUAUCUUUAAAGCCGUGCUCUUUUAAAAUAAGCUUUCUCAGAAUGUUGGCAAAUCACUUCAAUCCUCAAAUCAGUCCUCCUUGUGGAAUGCUGCCUUUAUUAUAUUUGAAUUGACAGGGGAACUUGGUUUAGGGUUAAGACGUUGGAAGGAAAUCUAAGGAAAAUUAAUCCUCACAGAGGUCCGGGUUUAGUAUAUGUCUUGAGAGGAGACUUGUGAAUUCCCAGACUCUGCCUCCUGGUUUCCUUUCUCAUUUCUUUCUAACUGUAGCUAUCAUUACUGGUUGUGGAUAGCCCAUAGCUAUUUUCCUUGCUUUUCUUUUUUAAAAGGGUCUGUUCUGCAGUGGAGAAGACAUUCUGGUGACCAGACUUUUGCUUACUUUUUCCUAUUCUGUUGCCAAUUUUUGUUUUCCCCACAUUCUAUAGCCAUAAACCUGAAGAUGAGUAAAACUGGUGGGUCUUUAAUAAAACAACAACAAAAACAGCAGUUUGUGAUAUAGCAGAGGUUUAAAUGUACCCUCCCCUUUUAUGCACUUCAAAUAAUUAAAUCUCUUUAAGAAUGA